AUGGAUAAGACAACCUUUUUAUUGAUUUCACUGUUGUUAUCAUUGUUAUUGGUUUGUUGUCAGCUGUCUCAACAAUGUAAUGGUGCAACCAUUGAAAUUAGAGAUCAACAAUAUUUAUUUAAAGAUACGACCAUCACACUCUACAACAGUGAUGAAUUCAUAGUCUCCAACUCGACCGUCUACUUUGACAAUGUCACCUUUGUAUUUGGAUCAAAUGUAACAUUCUCCUUCUUUUCCGAUUGUCAUCUAUCCAGUGUAACACCAAUCCUCAUUGAACCCAAUCGAGUCAAUGCAACUUCACUUGACAUGAUUUCAACUUUAAAAUUAACAAAUAUAACACUGUCAAUGACAACGACAGGUAACUUUUAUGAUUUCAUAAUUGAUAUGAAAGAUGGAAAGAGUCAAUUAAUGUCAAACAAGGCGGUUGUAGUAUUUACCUAUGCAUCGCUGAUUGAUGGCGAUGAUAUUAUGCAAGGUGGAACAGUGGUGAUUGUGGCACCAGAGACUUCCGCUACGCUAUCGAGUAUUUCCAUCUUUCCACCUGGAUUCAACUCUAUUUUCUCACCCAUUCCAUCAUACUAUCUACCAACGAUUACCAUCACGGCCACUAUCAUCAAUCAACGAACAUUUACUUGUUUCUUUCCCAUCAAGAUUGAGCCAAGUUUGAUGAGAGGUAAUAGCGCCAGUUGCAGAUACUUCUUUUCCGAUAUUACAACGGCCUCUGAGAUGGGUCACAUCAACUUUACUCGAUGCAGUGCCAUCUUGUUCAAGGUCAAUACCCGAGGUGGGCGACUAUCGUUUCAGUAUAGUGCUUGGGAUCUUGGAUACAAUAUUAGUGCCGUGGCCAACACGACUGUACACUUUUUAGAGAAUGCUACCCUCGUAGCCAAUAUGAUUAGUAUCAACAACCCUCGGUCGCCAUUUGCAGACGGUAUCUUGACGUGCUCGCGACAAACGCUCUCUAUCCGUAUGUUUACCGAAGAUAUGUUGUUGGAGCCAAUGAUCUGGCUGCCAACAUGCGAGGUACCCCUAUUCCGUUGUUUCUCGGCUGGCAAUGACUGUAUCACCAUGGCCGAUUGCUACGGAGACUCUAUCUAUUGUAACAGUCAGGUCCCACCAUCCAACGAAGCCGAACUAUAUCCCAACAAUGCUGUCGCCGCCUCUCUUGGCACUCUCGACACUGAAAUCUACCAGCCUUUUAUUUGUUGGAAUGGAAAGUGUUCAACUGUCCCUGAAAAAUGCAUGCCAUUCCCUGCCUGUCCUAGAAACCAACCUGUCAGAUGCUCUGGUUUCUGUCUACCCGCCAACUCUACUUGUCCCUACUGCGCCAACCCAUGUCCAUUUGGAUGUCUCAAUUCAACACAGCUAUGCAACCAACCGUGGUUUGGAUGUGGUAUUGGCCAAUACCAAUGUCCCAACAAUCUUGCAUGUGUCUUGGACCCUGCCGACUGUGACACCUAUGGAAUGACAGAUGUUCCAAGUUCCAAUAGACUAUUGACAAGUACCACAGAUGUAUACACUGGAUUAAAAUCAGUGGCAGCAAUGUGGUUUGGUAUUGCAAGUGACGCAUUAAACUUUACGGCCAAAGGUCAAAUUGUAUUCACUGGUUCAGCACUUCCAGAAACUUCAAACUUUACAAGAGCCGCUCCCAUCGGUGAUUCAUAUGCUAGAUUAGCAACUGAUGAUAACUAUACAUUUUCAGAACCAAUAUCAAUCUUUUUAGAAAAUGAACAUGUUCAACAUUAUGGAUUGGAUGAUAUGUGUUUAGGAUUUAUAAAUUUAAAUUAUGAAUGGGAGUGUACUCCAUAUCCUUUGGAAUAUAGAUUUAACAAAUCAAUUAUCAUGGCUCAAACCAUUCAAUUUAGUAAUUUUGCUUUAUUGUUAAAAUACAACAAGGCUGGCAAUAGUUCAUCAACUGAUUCAUCCAAACAAGAAAUAUCAACAAAGACUAUGAUUAUUAUCGCCACAACAGUCUGUACGGGUGUAGUUAUACUAACAGCCUUGGGUGCUGUAGUCUUGAACGUUGGAUUGAAAAAACUUUCACCUUUUAGAAGAUACAAAGUUGAAAUUACAGAUGAAGAAAAAGAAAAAUAUCAAAAACAAAGAAUUUAG